AAACUGUGAAUUGAUGCCACUGGCAAAGGUGCCGCGGACAGCAUCAUGCCAGUGUCAUCCAUAUACGCUGACCUGUCCAAGGCCACUGCAUCUCCUGCUGAUUUCCCUGAGAAUUCUAUUUCGGAUCCAUCACCUUGUCAAUGCCACUUCCCACACAGCGACGCUAGGAAGCUAUACAUCAGGUGUCGUCGACAGUUCGGUAUCUCUAUUCUCUGUAGGAAUGCGUGAAUUCAAUGUCGUCGUCCUUGGAGCUGGCGGGGUCGGAAAGUCUGCAUUAACCGUUCGGUUUGUCCAGGACAUUUUUUUGGAGACUUAUGAUCCUACCAUUGAAGAGGAAUAUCGUCGUGUCAUAGAGGUAGAUAGUGUACCUACAUCGCUCGAGGUACUCGAUACCGCGGGUGCAGAGCAAUUUACUGGAUUAAACGAAGUCUAUAUCAAGUCUGGUCGCGGGUUUGUCCUCGUCUUCAGUUUGACUCAAGAAGCCAGUCUGAGGGAGGUGGACAACCUGCGUCAGCAAAUAUAUCAAAUCAAGGGUGGUGACACUUCUAUACCUAUUGUCAUCGUCGGUACUAAGCUCGAUCUCGUGAGCGAGCGAGAAGUACCCCGAAGCACAAUUCAGUCCCUAGUCACGAAAUGGGGACUGCCAUUUUAUGAAACUUCUGCUAAGCGGAACAUGCACGUCCUAGAUGUUUUUGAAGACCUUGUUAGACAGAUGGUCAUACGCUACCCUCCCGACUCGAUAAAGAAGAAGAAGAGGCCUCUGCUGAAAACAUGUAUCAUCAUGUAGAUUAUUUAAAUUUCGAUAGCCAACCACAUUAGACAGAAGCAGUACCCAGAGGUUUUGCGUAUACCCGGUCCCAGGCCAAGAUCUAUAUCCAGACAGUUGGGGCUUAUUUCUUGAAUAAAUACACGUCGUGGAUCCAUAUCAUCAUGCUUACUGGCCUUGCAUAAAUAUGUUGUCAGGCAAAGCGCAAAGUGUGUA